AUGUAUGUCUGUCUACAGGCAUGCAAAGAUGGCUAUAGGGUUGGUUGUAGGAGGAUAAUAGGUUUAGAUGAAUGUUUCUUGAAGGGCUACUUUGGUGGAUAUCUACUGGAAGCUAUUGGGAUAGAUGCAAAUAAUGUCAUCUGUCCUAUUGCAUAUGCUGCAGUCGAAAGUGAAAACCAAGCAUCAUGGCUCUGGUUCUUAGAGUUGCUCACAUUAGACUUGGAAAUUGUGAGCUCAUACCAGAUAUCUUUCAUGUCUGAGAAACAAAAGUUUGUUCCAUCACAUGCUAAUGGGGAUAGGUAUCAGGUUGAAUGUGGUCCAGGCAGUCAGCGUAUGGUGGACUUAGUUAAGAAUUCCUGCUCCUACAGGAAUUGGGAUCUUACUGGCAUCUUUUGCAUGUAUGCAGUGGUUGUUAUUCAUCUAAAAGAUGAGUUCCUAGAAACUUAUGUACAAACCUGGUACACCAAGCAAACCCAACUUGCCAUUUACUCCAACUUCAUAAAGCCAGUAAGGGGUCCUAAACAAUGGGCGUUUGUGCCAAACAUGCUGCCAAUACUACCUCCUACACUAAAAAAGCCACCUAGCAAACCUACUAAGGUGAGAAGGAAAGAACUUGAUGAACCACAAACAAUAGAAAGGCUGACCAAGAGAGGGGUGGAAAUGAGGUUAAAAGACACAAAAUUGGUGCCCACAACCAAGUGGUUGCCCUAA